UCCCAUGUUUGCUGCUGCUCGUCCUGCAUCAUCCGUAGGCUCCGCCCUGUUCCUCCUCCCUCCUCCCCACCACAGAGCAUCUUCACCCUUCUACCAGAUAACAUACUGGCUCGCGGAGGUGACGCCGGUGCAGAAGGUUGUCGAGCUGCUGGAAAACAUGCUCGCCAAAGGCAAGGACGAGAAGCAUGCUGAGCAGGUGCAGUUUGCGGCCUACAAGCAGUUCUGCGACGACACCGAGUCGGGGAAGAGGCGUGCAGUUGAAGAGGCUGACGAGAGGAUCGAGAUGUUGAAGGCCACCAUCGAGAAGAACACCCAGGACGCCGCACAGUUGGCGAAGGAGAUCGCGCAGCACGACGCCGACAUCGCCGCCUGGGAUGGUGAUAAGAAGGCUGCCACCAAGGUUCGCGAGCUCGAGAAGGCGGACUACCAGGCCCUGCACACGGACUAUUCCGAGUCGGUGGACGCCCUGCAGCGUGCGAUCGCGUACCUGAAGACGAAGUCCAGGACGGUGAAGCAGGCCAGCCUUGCGCAGGUGAAAGCGAUCAAGGAC